AUGUGUUGUGCAUGUGUUGUGCAUGCGUUGUGCAUAUUGCGUCCACAGGAGAUAGGACGACAGCGGUUGCUUCAUCAUGGCCCCUGGCAUACUUUUAGUCCAGUGCCUGGUGGAUGGCACACUUCCUACCCUGCAGGUGCUGCGUUGCAUCGCUGGGAAGAAGUUACGGCAGCUGGGCUUCUACUGCUGGCAGCGGCCAAGACCUUCAAACAGCAAAGAGAAAGAGACCUGCUGAGCGCGGAGACGGCGGAGACCGAAGAGACACAAGAGCUCUGUAGACCACAAGAGCACCCUGCACAGAGCUCUGCAGUGUUGGUCUAUGGAGCCUGCGAUGGGCUGCUCGCCUCAUUUCUGGCGCAACACGCGCCGGAGGUGCAGGUAGACUUACUCGAUGGAGAACUCAGCGGACUCGAUUUGCUUCGAAAACAUUUCAAUCUUCGACUUGGUGGUCCUGGACUUCUCAAAGGCAGCUGCAGAGUGCUCGGCAAACCCUCGCCAAAUGAGAGAGAAGCGGGUUCAGCAGAUGUGGAUUCAGCGGACGUGGAGGUGGCGUCAGAUACUGGUGGGACGGACGAGACAGGUGAGACAGGAGAAAGGAUAGCGUCCAGAGAACUCUAUGACGGCAUCGUUGUAAUGAAGCCCUUUGGGCAAAACUUCCGACACAAUCCAUCCAUCUCGUCCAUCUCGUCCAUCUCGUCCAUCUUGCCUGGGGAAGGACCUGGUCAGCACCAAGAGCACCAAGUGAAGUCACCUCUGCCGUUGCGCACGUUGCGCAAAGGUGGUUUGCUACUGGUGGAGGCAACGCCAGAAGACCGAAAUCAGUUAGAGAAGUUGGGAGAGGUCUUGGAGCUCAACGACUUGCUCCAGGGCGAUGAUGACCUGGAUGAGGAUGUCGAUGCCACGGUGCUUUGCAUCGUGACGCCGAGAGCCAGGACUCUGAACGGGCUGGAAACUCCGCAGAUGGACUCUUUCGAGGAGCUCAUUUGCCCAGAGAGCUGGUUUGAAUUGCUGCUUGAACGCGGAGGAGUCGUUGGAGGAGCGCCGGACGUUCUCAACGCCCAAAAGACACGUGUUGUUCCUGCUGGUAAGAUGUGCGCAGAAGAUCUGGCAACGUUGACACGCCUUGCUGGCAGAGCGACUGACUGUGGCCGAGAGAUUCGCUCCCCUCAAUCCGACAGCUGGCAGGUGUUGUUUCUUCAGACAAACGGAUUCUUCGAAGACCAAGCGCCCCAUCUACUGAAGCGUCUCGCUGAUAUUGCCAGGUCAGUUGCUCUGAAAGAGAAGUGGGUGACAAUGGAGCAAGCAGAUCGAUUGCAGGCAAGGGUAAUCGAAUGGCACCAGCAGGAUGCUCCGGGUCCUGGCAUCCCAGACCCCAGACACUAUGACAUGGACAGUCUGAUCACAGUGGAUGUCAUGUGUUCGGAGCCUGGCCGUGACUUUCUCGGUGGCCAGUUGCAAACACUCGAAGUGGACGGACUCAAGGAGCACUCCUUCCAGCUGUGCGACAUUCUGGUCUUUCAGGCCCACAAGUACCACUGCGUGGCUCCAGUGGUACAGGGAUGUCGACGUGCGCUGGUUUUGGAAUUCUGGGAUGGACCUGCACGACAUUGUCCUCACAGGUGCACGAGCUUCGAGCGCAUCUGCCCACAGGAGAACAGGCACGGUGAGCACACAACAAGAAAGGCUCUUGGAAGGUUACUGCCGUUUCGCCUUGCAGCAAAGCGACGCCACCACCUCAGGAGUUUGUGAAGGUCAAGGUGGUUCCUGUGGUGGUUCCUGUGGUGGUUCCAGGUGCGAAAUCCAUCAAUUCCGACGCAAUGCGAAUUGCUGGGAGGCGACACCGAGCCGCGGUCCCGAAGCAGAUCCAUCAGCAUCCUUUGGCAGUGCAAUGAGCCAACUCAGUGACGCAGCAUGACGCAUCGGUGUCAGCCUUCUGAAAAUCCAUCACCGGCAUAGCUGAAACAAAGCUACGGCAUAGCUGGUGGCAUGCCUGUCAAAGAUAUGGGUAUGCCGUGCCGAUCCAAUUCCAUAGAUGCAGAGAUGGUGUGAAAGAUA